CUUGAAGCUGAACUUGCUGCAGUCUGUGGUUUGCUAAACUGCUAACGAUGAGCUACGCACCAGAGGAGCACAACUACUCGAGAGAUCAUCUGGAAGACGCCCCGCUUCCACCUGAUCCUGCCCUGGAGUUCUGGAUCUUGAUCGCGGAUCAGGUUGAUUUCCCUUUCUAUAUGAACGUAGGGCUGUUCUCAGAUGAUGUAGAGGAGGAUUUUACUGUUGAUGUGGAGUCUGAUGAUGAGUUUAGGGUCGUAGAUGUGGUGAUUAAUGACGAGGAAGAGAUAGAGGGUUCUGAUGAUGAGGAGGAUGAUAAUGAGGUAGAGGUCCCAGAAGGGGUGGUUAAUGAGGAGCAGGAGCUAGAGGAUUAUGAUGAUGAGGAGGAUGAUAAUGAGGCAGAGGUCCCAGAAGGGGUGGUAAUUGAGGAGCAGGAGCUAGAGGAUUAUGAUGAUGAGGAGGAUGAUAAUGAGGCAGAGGUCCCAGAAGGGGUGGUAAUUGAGGAGCAGGAGCUAGAGGAUUAUGAUGAUGAGGAGGAUGAUAAUGAGGCAGAGGUCUUAGAAGGGGUGGUAAUUGAGGAGCAGGAGCUAGAGGAUUAUGAUGAUGAGGAGGAUGAUAAUGAGGCAGAGGUCCCAGAAGGGGUGGUAAAUGAGGAGCAGGAGCUAGAGGAUUAUGAUGAUGAGGAGGAUGAUAAUGAGGUAGAGGUCCCAGAAGGAGUGGUAAAUGAGGAGCAAGAGCUACAGGAUUAUGAUGAGGAGGAGGAUGAUAAUGAGGCAGAGGUCCCAGAAGGGGUGGAUGAUAAUGAGGCAGAGGUCCCAGAAGGGGUGGUAAAUGAAGAACAGGAGAUAGAGGAUUCUGAUGAGGAUGAGGAUGGGUCUUUUUCUAGUGAGUCUCUUGAGGCGUCUAGUGACUUCUCUGGGUAUGAUACCAUGAGCUCUGAGGAAGAAGACAGUGAAGAAGAUGACCCCCUUCAAACACAUCUUCGCUUCAUUGAGACGGUUUCCCGUUUCAUCAGACUCCAACGGUACCAGGCGCCGCCAGAGGACUCCUCGGAGAGUGAAGAGGACCACCGACCUCCACGGCCCGGCCCUUCUUCCCGGAGGAGGAGAAGAGAGGAAGAUGACGAAGAGGAGCCCCCUAUGAAGCGUUUUCGUCGGGCACUGUGA